CUCUCCGCCUCGCCGUCGCCACGACCGCCGUUUCUCUAUUCAUCUCAGUAGAACCGAAAAAUCUAGAAAAGAAAGCUGGUUUUCAGUUUAAAUUCUUCCGCGAACCGGUUCGAUUUGAUAACCCGAACCCGGUAGUUAAAUCCCAAUACUACUACUACUACUACCCGACCCGUGUAGAUAGAUUCAACUCCGAAUUGCCCCAUUUCAUAAUCUGAAAACGGAUUUACAAGGCAGGGAAAAUGAGGGUUCCUCGAACAAUCGAGAUUCGAAAGAUGGGUAAUUUGUUUAAUUACUCCGACGCACUUAAGCUGCAAGAGAAACUAGCAUCCGAUAGAAAAAUGAACAAAAUAACCGACACCCUUCUCUCCUUGCAACACCCCCCUACGUACACCCUCGGCAAAAGACGAACCGACCACAACAUCUUGGUUCCCGAGUGCGAACUCAAAUCCAUGGGGGCAGAGCUUCACUACACGCAACGAGGGGGUGAUGUCACCUUCCACGGGCCCCGCCAAGCUAUUUUGUACCCCAUUAUUUCCUUGAGGGAAUUCGGAUUAGGGGCAAGAAAGUACGUGGAGAAUCUUGAGUUGACGAUGAUCGAGCUGGCAUCUUUGUACGGAGUUAAAGCUUCCGUUGGACGGAAGUGCGAAACGGGGGUUUGGGUCGGUGAGAGGAAGAUUGGUGCUAUUGGGGUUCGUAUUUCUUCGGGAAUUACUUCGCAUGGUUUGGCGUUUAAUAUCGAUCCGGAUUUGAGCUAUUUCAAGCAUAUUGUGCCGUGUGGGAUUGCGGAUAAAGAAGUUACGUCUCUGCAGAGAGAGGUGAAACAAGAGGUACUUCUUCCUUCGGAUGAAUUGAUUCAAGAUCAAUUGAUUUCGUGUUUCGCUAAAAUAUUUGGAUACACUAAUGUUGUUUCGAGAAAUAACUCGUGAAAGAGUUGCAUUACGGAAUUCGUUUGUCUUUUUUCCUUCACGAAAUAAUACAUUUUAUUAUGUAUUUACUUGCAUGUUCGUAUAAACUAUCCGGAUUAAUUGGUUUGUUAUAUGCUACCAUAG